AUGAAGUCGACAAGUAUCAUCGCACUAGCUGCCCACGCGGCCUCCGUGACGGCGCACACGAUUUUUGUGCAGCUGGAGAGUGGCGGUACAACUAACGGUGUGGGCUACGGCAUACGAGUACCGUCCUACGAUGGUCCGAUUACAGAUGUCACGUCUAACGACCUAGCUUGCAAUGGAGGGCCUAACCCCACGACUCCCAGCGACAAGAUCAUCGACGUCACCGCCGGCUCAACAGUGACGGCUGUCUGGAGGCACACGCUCACCUCCGGCCCCGAUGAUGUGAUGGAUGCGUCUCACCUGGGCCCGACUUUGGCGUAUCUCAAGAAGGUCGGCGACGCAACCAGCGACUCCGGCAUAGGAAGCGGCUGGUUCAAAAUCUUCCAGGACGGGUACUCAAAUGGGGUCUGGGGCACUUCGAAAGUCAUCAACAACGCCGGAAAGCAGGCGAUUCCCAUCCCGAGCUGCAUCCCUGACGGCCAGUACUUACUGCGUGCCGAGAUGAUCGCCCUUCACGCGGCCUCGUCGGCUGGUGGCGCUCAACUAUACAUGGAAUGUGCCCAGAUCAACAUCAAAGGUGGCAAGGCUACUGCAUCACCUUCGACUUACAGUAUCCCCGGAAUCUACAAGGCAACCGAUCCAGGCCUCUUGAUUAAUAUCUACUCCAUGACCAGCUCUAGCACUUACACUAUUCCUGGGCCCAAUCCAUUCACUUGUUCUGCGUCCGGAGGCGGCACAACAGCGGCCCCCACGACGAGCCAGGCUAGCUCGACGACUCUGAUAACUUCUACCAAGACCAGCACAGCAGUGUCUACCACGACUGCGCCUUCGUCUUGCGCUGCCGCUCAGUGGGCUCAGUGCGGUGGGUCAGGAUACACCGGCUGUACAACCUGUGUAAGCGGAAGUACUUGCGUCAAGACCAACGACUAUUACUCUCAAUGCCAAUGA